AGUUACAGUUCACAAAUCCUUUGUUCAUACAUUCAAAGGCGUCUUGAGCCAUGCCACCGAGAAAGAGCAAAGAUAAAGAGCUUCAGCCAGCUCAGGCUGAACAUGUAGAUGACAGUGCAGUUUACUCGAAGGGUGAGAAUGAUCCAGUUGUUCCUCCUUUCUUAUCACCCUUUGUGGAGCGAUCCUAUGGGAAUCCAGUAUUUAAGGAGAAAGAAGCAGACCGUGGGGGUGACUUUGCUGAAUCAAGUAAUGUGUUUAGAGGUAUGACUGAACGUCUGCAAUUAGCAUUCAAAGAAAAGAACCAGGCUAUGCGGAGACUUGUUGAGAGUCAAGCAGAAUUUUCCAAACGUCAAGAAGAGACAAUUAGACAAUAUAUGUUUGAACUAAGACGGUUUUUUGAAAAAGGCACUAACGUGAUGCGUGAAACUGGAGAUGAGAGUCGCAAAACACUGCAGGCUGUUUCAGAACAAGUAGUUGAGCAAGUGCAACAGCCCAGACCUGAAAUCUCUCCUCUAGUCCAGCAUUUUGUCAUUGGUGAAGGGCAAAGACAACACCAAUUGAUGGAGGCUGCUACUCCUAUUGUAGACCAUGGCCAUCAACCUCAGCAUAAGUAUAUUCUGCCAGUUAGGAAGGGAAAUGCAAGUCCUCAUCAUCAACCUUGUCCAAGGGAUUUUUUUCAGCCACAAGUUCCUCCAACCCAGCCGGUACGGCGUGACAAAGCGAAGGAAACUAUGGGAGUAGAUGCAGACCAUUUUCCAGUUGUGUCUGUCGACGUGAAUGUUGCAGACCUCAGGAGUGUUGCCAGAAAUCAUAGUCUGCCUUAUGCUCAAAGGAACCUUGCUACCGAAGACUUGAGACGAUGGGAGAAAGUUAGUCAUCCCAAGUUUCCAACCCAGAAUCCCAAAAUCUUGAAGCGCAGACUGCAACACAAGAAGGCUGGAGAGCGAAAAAGGGAACAGAAGCAGAUGGAGGCUGAGGGAAGUUCAUCUCGCAGACCACGCCAACCUACAAAAAGAAACAUGGUGUGGGUGAGAAAAGAGAAAAAUGAGACUGUAACCCAAACUCUACUGAAGGGGGAUGACCAAUCUCUAGCCUCUCCAAAGGUGGCAUCUGUCAUUAUGAGUCAAGAUGGAGUUUUGAAAGCAACUUUUGAAGCACAAGAACAGUCUGGGAAUUGUGGAGCUGAAUCAAAAGAAGAUGACACUAUUCAUUUUGGGGAAUUCUCAGUGAAUUUGUCAUGUCUGGUGCUGACAUUACCCUUGGUUUUCCAAGCCAAGAAGGAGGAGGAACCAAUCGUCUGUGAGUUCCUAGAACAGACAGAAGAAGAGGUAAUCGUUGUUCCAGUUCAGGAUGAUGAAGAUGAGGACAUGGUUGACAAAAUUGUGUUUGAAAAACCAGAAGAAAAGAUGGCCAGACACAUUAGGCCACUUUAUAUCAAUGCUCACAUGGAUGGGACUUCAAUCAGCCGUGUCUUGGUGGAUAAUGGAGCUGCAAUCAAUGUCUUUCCAACUUGCAUGCUCUACAAAAUAUGCAAGUCUCUUGAUGAUUUAGUGCAUACUGAGGUUACAAUUAGUGAUUUUACAGGAGGAGUGAAUCGUUCAAGAGGUGUGCUGCCUAUUGAAUUAACAGUGGGAAAUAUGACACUGAUGUUUGCAUUUUUUGUGGUGGAUAUUGUUGCUACUUAUAAUGCUCUUUUGGGGCGUGACUGGAUUCAUUCAAGUUGGUGUGUCUCUUCUUCACUUCACCAGAAACUGAUUUUCUGGAAUGGUGGCAAAGCUGAGGUGGUGUCUGCAGAUGAUAAACCUUUUUCAGCCAAUACUCACCUGGUGGAGGCUAAAUAUUAUGAAGAAGACAUUGGUACCAUUCGGUUUUUUGGGAUGGAUAGGCAUGGGAAACCGAUUGGGAUAACAGCAUGUAGUAGACCGUUUUUGUCUAAGUGUGCUGUAGAGGAAGAAAGAGAAAAGGCCGUGUUGGAAAUAACAAAGAAAUUAGCAGCCUAUUUUGCUGAAAAAGCAGUUCAAGUAGACAUGUCUGAAAUUGUUCAUGAAGGUGAGGAGGCAGACCGAGGUGAUGAAAUAACUUUGGAGGAACUGGAUCUGGCCCCAGCCAAAUUGGAUGAUUUAAAAGCUGAAGUUCAAGACCCACUGGAGGAGAUCAAUUUAGGGUCUGAAAGUGAACCAAAGUCAGAAAUGCCAGGUCUGGAUCGAAAAUUGGUGGAACAUAAACUGCCAAUUUCAGAAGGAUUCAGACCGUAUAAACAGCCGCCCAUACGCAUGUCUGCAGAGGCCACUUUGAAGGAUGAGUAUCCUAUGCCAAUUGCAGACUUGUUGGUUGAUGGAGUAGCCCGUCACAAAAUUCUAUCUUUCAUGGAUGGUCAUAGUGGGUACAACCAAAUUUUUAUUGCAGACGCAGACGUUCCUAAGACAGCCUUUCGAUUCCCAGGUGCUGUUGGAAGUUUUGAAUGGGUUGUGAUGCCAUUUGGUUUGAAGAAUGCUGGAGCUACCUAUCAAAGAGCCAUGAAUGCAAUUUUUCAUGAUAUGAUUGGUAAAUUCAUGGAAAUUUAUAUUGAUGAUGUUGUGGUGAAAUCACAUGGGGAAGCAGACCACCUGGUCCAUUUGAGGAAGGCUUUUGAGUGGAUGAGGCAACAUGGCUUGAAAAUGAACCCACUAAAGUGUGCCUUUGGAGUGUCUGCGGGUAACUUCCUUGGGUACUUGGUGCAUGAGUGUGGUCUGGAGGUUGACAAGAACAAAGCCAAGGCUGUGAUUGAGGCAAAACCACCACAGAACAAGAAGGAGUUGCAAAGAUUUUUUGGCCAAGUUAAUUUCUUAAGACGUUUAAUUUCUAACUUGGCUGGGAAAACUAGAGUUUUUUCUCCUCUGUUGAAACUCAAGUUUGAGGCGGAUUUUAAGUGGGAAGAACACCACCAGUCUGCCUUUGAUAUGAUAAAGCGGUUUUUAUUCAGACCACCAGUACUUAUGUCUUUCCAGCUGGAUUUUGAUUGCACAAAUAAUCAAGCAGACUAUGAAGCUUUGAUUAUUGGUCUUGAUUUAUUGGUGGAGCUUAAAGUAUCCAUGGUGGAGGUUAUAGAGGAUUCACAACUAGUCUUGAAGCAAUUGUCUGCAUUGAUGUUACCCAUACAAACUGGCGCUUUUCCAAUUAUGCAGUACCUUAAGGACCAAAACCCUAAGGCUGGGAUCAAGAUGCGCUGGCUGAUUCGCAGACAUGGCUUCUUCUUGCCGUCUGUCUUAAAAGAUUGUAUUGCUUAUGCUAAGGGCUGCAAAUCUUGUCAAAUCCAUGGGCCACUUCAAAGAGUUCCAGCUUCUGAACUUAAUUCUAUUGUGAAACCAUGGCCAUUUCGAGGCUGGGCUAUUGACUUCAUUGGUAAGGUGUAUCCCCCUUUAUCAAAAGGUCAUUCAUUUAUUAUAGUGGCAACGGAUUAUUUUACCAAAUGGGUGGAGGCUAAACCAAUGAAGAAGGUAAACCAAUCUGAUGUAAUCAAGUUCAUCAAAGAGGACAUUAUUCACAGAUUUGGUCUGCCAGAAACAAUUACAACAGACCAAGGCACAGUUUUUGUCAGCCAUCAAAUGGAGGCAUUUGCAAAGGAAAUGGGUUUCCAUCUGUUAAAUUCUACUCCUCAUUAUGCACAAGCUAAUGGGCAAGCGGAGGCUUCUAACAAGGUGGUGAUUAAUUUGCUUGAAAAAAUGGUGGAUGACAAUCCUAGACGUUGGCAUGAAUUAUUGUCUGAAACACUGUGGGCUUAUAGAACUUCACAAAGGAGUUCUACCAAGGUGACACCUUUUGCCUUGACAUAUGGCCACGAUGCAGUCUUGCCAAUGGAGUUAACAGCCAGGUCUUUAAGAAUAGCGAUUCAGCAUAAUCUCCAGUCUGGGGAAUAUGACGAGGUUAUGAUGCUUGAACUUGAGGACCUUGAAGACACACGUUUGACAACUUUGGAUAGAUUACAAGCUCGAAAACUCAAAAUUGCAAAGUCUUACAACAAGAGAGUAAAAGGUAAAAAUCUUGCAGUUGGUGACUUGGUCUGGAAAGCAAUUUUACCUCUUGGAAAGAAAGAUCACAGAUUUGGGAAAUGGUCUCCAAAUUGGGAAGGACCAUUCCGAAUUCAUGAAGUGUUGAGAGGGGGUGCUUAUUGGUUAAAGUCACUUGAUGGAGAGCUUCAUCCCAGAAAAAUCAAUGGAAUUUAUCUCAAGCCUUAUUACCCCACAGUAUGGGAAGCAAGAGGCUUAGAGUCCCAAGAAGCUGUUUGAGCCAGGUUCAUACUUCUAUCUAUGCAUAAAUAAGUUGAUUUGCUUUCA